AUGGGCAUUUGCUCGUCCUGCCUCGGCCGAGACGGAGACCGUGAUCCAUCCGACGAGGACGAAAGCUCGAGGUUGCUGUUCGACGACCCCCAUGGGAACCACUAUGGUAGUUUCGGUGACCAACAUACCGGGGUAACGCAAGCAGAUGCACAAGAAGUCCAACGAGAAACCGAGGCCUUACAGAAAGUUGUGGCACAGACAUCAAAUCAUCUUGUCGAUAUAUUUGCACUUGUGCCACAGAACGGUACUCCAGCGCCGCCGGCAGUUUUCCCCGCGCAAGACGCCAAGCUACUACGAUACCAAGAUGUUCUGGCAACUAUAUCAACACACGACCAAUCUAACCAGACCAAACGCGCGUCCACCGACAACACACCCAUCGUUUCUGAUGGCUGGAUAUCGGAGGACGACGAUAUGGAGGAAACGAAUCGGCAUACACCGGUCAAAUCAGAAGGCAUAGGACCACUACUUGGAGGGUUCGCAGAUGCGGAGUCGGCCAUGGAGUAG